AUGAUGCUUAAGACAAAGAUCGACCAAGCUGUGUCCAUGCCAGAUGCCAACAACGAUUCAGCACUCGAUCGUUCUAUGAGUACUGCUCUGUCAGAAUGCGUCGUGGCCGAUAGCGAUUGGAAUAGCAAAGGCUGGAAUCAGUGGUUCAAUGUUUCUAAUCGACAUUCGACAUUUGAAACCGGUGUGCAUUCGACCGACGGUGUUAGCGAUAGAUACAGCUGCAGUGCAGGCGGUGAACACUGGAAUCCAAAAGGAUGGCAUCGGCGAAUGGUGGCGAUCUUAUCCCCGUUGAUGUAUCUCGAAGCCCAGUACUUGUACGCUCGAGAUAUGAAAGAACAUCAGAAAGAGUCUUGA